AUGCAAGCAUUAAAUAAACCAGAAGACAAUGAAGCAGUUGAAACAGUACUCACAGAUCUAAGGAGAACAGAUAUACUCAUAAUUCAUGGAAAGCUAGGUACCGGUGUAUCAAUUACUGGAAAAAAUGCCAUAAAAAGCUUCGCAAACAGCAAUGCUGGAUGGAAGCCUCAACAUUUACAUUAUCGUGAUAAUAUAGAACCAUCACUUACGGAUCGAAAAAUUGUUUUUAUCGAUGGUUGGUUCGGACUUUGGAAUCGAAAUCCUUCCGAAGAAAAAACAGUAAUUAAAGUUCUAAAAAUCAUAAAACAAAAAAUGUCAUGUAUUGAGAUAUGUAAGAUUGUUAUUGGUCUUCGAACUGAUAUAUAUCACAGAUAUCAAAAGAUUUUUACUGAUGCUGGAAUAGUUGAAGACCCUCUCGAUCUAAAUAGCACAAGAAAAGACAAUCACCAGGAAAAAGAAAAACAUCUAAACGAUGCAUUGUUGUCAAAAGCAUGCAACCAAUCCAAUUGUGAGUGUAAAAUACUGAAUUGGGAAGAUUUAAGAAAUUACUCAGAUAUUGGAGAUCAUUUAAAGAUUGAUAUUUUAGCAGGAGACCAUGACUUGAUAUCUAAAUUUCGAAGAAGUAAAAAUUUGUUACAAACAUUAGUAUCUCAUUUUGAUGAGUUGAGAACGAAAGACAAAAAGCUUUACGGAUGCCUCAUGUACAUUGUUGUGAAAGGAAAGUACAAAGUCGGUGAAGAUAUUGAUCAGCGGAUAAAAAAGAUGUUUCACUUCGAGGUAACCAAAAGGUGUUUCCGACAAUGUGAAAAUUUAGGAAAGUACACUAAAUGUCUAUCCAGAAGUAAUCUUGUGAACGUUGAAGAUGAACCUGGCGAUUCAAAUAAGCCUUAUUUCGUCUUUAAGCAUGUGUUUCUUUAUAUAUGCGCUUUUCAUUGUUUGUUUCGAUUACAUCCUAAUCAGGUGAUGGAACAUUGUAACAUUGACGCAGUUUUGCAAAUAGUGCGACCAUCUAAUUCUAUAGACGAAAUAUUCUGUGUAAAGGCAAAAAACGAAACCACCACUUCCUUCUAUAAACAUGUUGUGAAGUGUAAUCAAAAAGUCGAAGAAUCAAUUAAUGAUCAUCCCCUAGUUGUAUUCGCUGUUGGUUCAAGCGUUUGAACAUUUCUUAUUAAUCACUUGA